GUGGUCCAUGGGCGCUCGCGCCCGUGACGCAGGCACAGAGAAAGACCUUCGCAGCAGUACAGCAGCAUCUUCAGCACCAUUGCAGUUCUCAUCUAGCUGAACCGCGAGGAAAAGCUUGAGAUAAUCGACAAGGCUUGUUUUGAGGCCUGGCAACAUCUAGCAGAAUGACUAAAGAGCAGACUGCCGAGGUGGAGGAGGAGGCCCAGCCUGCCUCUGAGUACCAGAGCCCAGUUCAUGAGCCCCGGAAGAGGCCCAUGGUCCACCCAUCUGCACAGGCCCCCCUCCCCAAAGACUAUGUCUUCACAUUCUUUGACCCAAAUGAUCCUGCGUGUCUGGAGAUCCUGCUGGAUCCGCGCACCACCAUCCCAGAGCUUUUCGCCAUCAUCCGUCAGUGGGUCCCACAGGUCCAGCACAAGAUCGACCUCAUCGGAAACGAGAUCUUGAAGCGUGGUUGCCAUGUCAAUGACCGUGAUGGACUGACAGACAUGACCUUGCUCCACUACAGUUGCAAAGCCGGAGCCCAUGGUGUUGGUGACCCUGCCGCUGCCCUCAGGCUGUCCAAUCAGCUCAUUUCCCUGGGGGCAGACGUCAGUCUCCGCAGCCGCUGGACCAACAUGAACGCCGUGCACUAUGCUGCAUACUUCGACGUGCCAGAGCUGAUUCGCAUUCUCCUCAAGGCCUCCAAACCUAGAGUACUGAAUUCCACCUGCAGUGACUUCCACCAUGGCACAGCCCUGCACAUUGCUGCCUCCAAUCUGUGUCUGGGAUCAGUCCAGUGUCUGCUAGAGCAUGGAGCCAACCCCACUGUCAGGAAUGAUAAAGGGCAGGGGCCAGCCGAGGUGGUCCCUGACCCCAUGGACAUGACUCUGGACAAAGCGGAGGCGGCCAUGGUGGCCAAGGAGCUGAAGCAGCUGCUGCUGGACUCUGUGCCACUCAGCUGCAACCUGCCCCGUGCCACCCUGCUCAACUACGACAACAUCCCUGGCAACCUCAUGCUCACCUCCAUCGGCCUGAAACUGGGCGACCGUGUGGUGCUGGACGACAUGAAGCUCCCCAAAAAAUCGAGCAGUGAUGAAAUUGACAUCUCAGCUCUGCAUCACCUGAAGCAGACAGGCACCCUGCGCUUCUGUGGGACCACGGAGUUCGCCAGUGGCCAGUGGGUGGGGGUGGAGCUGGACGAGCCAGAGGGCAAGAACGACGGAAGUGUGGGAGGGGUGCGUUACUUCAUCUGCCCCCCCAAACUGGGUAUCUUUGCUCCAGUGUCAAAAAUCGCUAAAGCUGUUGAGCUGGCCCCCUCCUCUGUCACCUCCACACCCAAGACACCCCGCAUGGACUUCUCCCGCGUCACAGGAAAGAACAAGAAAGAAAAGAAGGAAAUAAUGGAGAGAGAGAAAGCUCUGAGGAAGAAGUCUAUGUCCGUAGCCAGUCUGGACCCGGAUGGGGUGAAGGUGGAACUUGGAGAUCAGGUGCUGGUUGCUGGUGUGAAGCAGGGAAUCAUACGCUAUUACGGAAAGACAGACUUUGCCCCAGGUUACUGGUUUGGUGUGGAGCUGGAGAAUCCCACAGGAAAGCAUGAUGGGUCUGUUUUUGGUGUCCGCUACUUCAACUGCAUGCCCAAGUACGGGGUCUUUGCACCCCCAUCUCGCGUGCAGAGAAUCUGCGGACCAAAGGAUGGUCAUAGCGGCGACGGCACGAUGGUGAAGAAAGUCCACCAGGUGUCUAUGAACCAGCCAAGGCGUAAAUUCAACACGGUGAGGUCACCCAAGGACAUCACCUCUGAGAAUUCAAUAUCAAGAUUGCUGUUCUGCUGCUGGUUCCCCUGGAUGCUGCGAGCCGAGAUGCAGUCCUAACAACACUCUCCUUCCUCCUCCUCUUCCUCCUCCUCAAAGGAUCUACUGCUCUCCUCCUCUUAAUGUCCAUCUUUCAUUUGUGCUUUCCUCUGGCUGUUGCUGUCAGAAUUACAGUAGUGAACCACCGC